UGACGUCACGGCGCCCAGAGCGAGGCUGGGGUAGAGAGGCCGACAGAGCAGGAGUCGUCCGCUUGUCGUGGAGGCUACUAGGGAGCCGGCGAGAGGGUGAGCGGGCGAGUAGGCGAGCGAGCUAGAGCAGGCAGGAGGGAGCGUCGCGCAGCGCAGAGGAGCGCCAGGGCCGGGCCGCGGCGGAACCCACAGCCGGAGAGGGGCAGCCCGAGCCGGGCGCCGCGGGGUCCCCACCCCCACUCGGCCGGACGGUGCCCGGUGUUCCCCCCUGCGGGGGGCGGCGGCGGCGGCUGACGGGACCCGACAGCACCGCGGGGGUGUUGCCACCUCCACCGAGGAGCCGGUGCGGCCGCGGGCUCCUCAGAGCCGGGGCCCCGGGCCCGUGACAGACGGGCCGAGGAAGGGAGAGAGGCGGCGGCGGCGGCGCAGGCGACGGGGAGGCAGCGGCGACACCAUGUCAUCCCCCAGUCCGGGCAAGAGGCGGAUGGACACGGACGUGGUCAAGCUCAUUGAGAGUAAGCAUGAGGUUACAAUCCUGGGAGGCCUCAAUGAAUUUGUAGUGAAGUUUUAUGGACCACAAGGAACACCAUAUGAAGGCGGAGUAUGGAAAGUUAGAGUGGAUCUUCCUGAUAAAUACCCUUUCAAAUCUCCAUCUAUAGGAUUCAUGAAUAAAAUUUUCCAUCCCAACAUUGAUGAAGCGUCAGGAACUGUGUGUCUAGAUGUAAUUAAUCAAACUUGGACAGCUCUCUAUGAUCUUACCAAUAUAUUUGAGUCCUUCCUGCCCCAGUUGUUGGCCUAUCCUAACCCCAUAGAUCCUCUCAAUGGUGACGCUGCAGCCAUGUACCUCCACCGACCAGAAGAAUACAAGCAGAAAAUUAAAGAGUACAUCCAGAAAUAUGCAACGGAGGAGGCGCUGAAAGAGCAGGAAGAGGGCACCGGUGAUAGCUCGUCGGAGAGUUCUAUGUCUGACUUUUCGGAAGAUGAGGCCCAGGAUAUGGAGUUGUAGUAGAAGAAGCAUCUGCUUUUCAGAAAGACUAUUAUUUCCUAACCAUGAGAAGCAGACUAUAAUAUUCAUAUUUAAACAAAGCAAUUUUUUUUAUUACUAAACAAGGUUUUUAUGAAUAAUAGCAUUGAUAUAUAUAUAUUAUAUAUCACCCUUUAGAUCUUGAUUUCUUGGUCAUUUCUCAACCUGAGGUGCAUAGCAUAUUCCCACAUUCCAUUUUGGUAGCAAUAUGCGGUCUGAAUGCAUGCAUUCAUAAGUCCAUUUGGCCAAGUCAGCCUGUAUGCUACUGAACUGUUGAAAGAAAUAGCCGCUCUGAUAGAUAGACGUGAGUAAAAAUAACAAGAAAAAGUUGCUUCUUUUAUUGAUGGUUCCAAAGAAACAAACCAAACCAACCAGUUCUUGGACAUGAAGAUAGAAUAGUGCUUUUUCUAAAUGGAAACGAAAAAAAUGGGGAGGAAAAGCCCUGCUGUGGGAGUAUUUAGAGCCAGCCCCGUCAGAAUCAGAGCUGCUCCUUCCUCUGAAUCCUAGGUGGCCCCAUUUCUGUGGAGUAACAGUAUAAAGCAGGGAGCUAAUUGGAGUAUUGAAACUUAAACCAAUUUUUUGGACUCAGAUUUUAAGUACAUUUUUAUAUGUAGAUUCCUGCCCUUCUUGCUAUGAGGCCCUGCAGCCACAAGUGUUUGCUUUAGAGAACCUUUUGAAAGUUUUCUGAACCUGAUUCUUUUUCUUGGGUAGAGCUUGUAAUCCAGACCUUUUUUGAGAGGACAGGACAGGAGAACAGUGACUGGGAAGAUGUUUCCUCUCAUCCAGCACGUGCAGAGUCACAUCCUCAUCCUGUUGUUGGCCACUUUGAGACCGCUACCCUGGACGAAGAGCUUUAAAUUUGAAGGUGGUUUUGUUUUGAGGUUUUUUUUCUUUUUUUUUCGGCGUGUGUGUGAAUUGUGCUUAGACAGGUUGCAGAUUUAAUCUUCACCUACCAAGAGAUGGCCGCCGCCUCGGACAGCCGCUCAGUGGACCGUUAGCCUCGGGAAGAAGACCCGUCUGGCGGCUGGGACUCCUGGGUACUCUCAUUCAUGUUUUGGUUUUGUUCUCCUGUCUGCUGCUGCUCUUGGCAGCAGCCUGGUCAUCAUCAUCUUGUGGGAGUGGGAAAUGGGUAUUUUAGACCCAACACAUAUUCUAAAUUUAAAAUGAGUAAUAUUUGGAACAAAUAAAGGUUCUUGUACCCAAAGUGGCUCUACAUGAGAAAAACAAACCGCUGUUUUCAGAGUGUGGCUGAAUAGGAGGAAAGGAUUCAGAAAUAUGAUGUAGUAGAACAGGUUUGGAAAGAAGAAAAUUUUCUCUCUUGUAUAAGUUAAGAGGAAAUCAGACAGUUUAAAAUGCCUGCUAAUCAAAUGUGUACUCAGCUAACCAUAUGUCCAGGUUGCCGGCAGAGUUCCUUUCAAAUCUGAGUGUUGCCUGCUGAACGUGGAGAACUUCAGACAGCAACUCUGUAUUCUGUUUUUGCCACAACCAAUAGGACAAUAGCAGAAUUAGCCAAUCCUAAAACCUUCUAAAGACAAUUUUGAAUGUCCCACUGGGAUAAUUUAAUUUUUCUUUCUGAUGUAUGUUUUUAGUUUAAAAGUGCUAUAUUUCACAAGAUUUGAGUCAGUGAGGUUGGAAGAUAUCCUAUCUUUUUUUAUUCAAAAAGCACAAUCAAUCUUUUCUUUGAAAAUCUAUAUAAAAUACAACUUGCUUUUAGCAUGAUUAUUUUCCUAAAUAAAAAGACAAAGAACUUACUUAUUUUAUGUUAAUUACGGGCAUGAAGCAAAAGGGUUUCUUUAAAAAAAAUUUAAAAGUGCUGUUAUGUAGGGCUGUGGUUAGUUAACCGUACUGAGUUAUCUAUCUAGCAUUUGUGGCUUGUUGGAAGGGUAGUGUUAACUAUUUAACAUGUACUGGUGUACUUUAACUCUUAUCUAGCACGUUGUCUUCUCAUUACUCUGGGGGAGGGAGGGGCUGUGCUGGCACUGUCUAACCUGCUUACCUGCUGAACUAGCAGUUUGCUUGUGCUAUAACUGUUGUAGGUGCGAUUUAGGGUAGGCUUAAAGUGCUGGGUGGUGAUUUGAGUUCAAACAAUAAAAAAUUGUAUUUUUUCAA